AUGGGGGCCUUGAAAUCGCCAGGACCUGAUGGUUUCUUUGGAAUCUUUUACCAAAAGUACUGGAGCAUUGUGGGAAAUGAUGUUUGCAGGUUAGUCAAAAAAAUUUUCUCCAACAACAUGUCUAUGGAAACGUUAAACAGAACUGAGAUUGCCUUGAUUCCUAAGGUUCCCCACCCGGAAUGGGUCACACAGUUCCGUCCUAUCUCCCUCUGUAAUUAUUCCUACAAGAUUAUUUCAAAGAUUUUAGCAAAUCGACUGCAGCCUUUCCUGGAUAAAUUCAUCUCGCCCCAACAAUGUGCCUUCAUUCCAGGAAGACAGAUCCAAGAUAAUGUCUUGGUGGCUCAUGAAGCCUUCCACUCUUUAAAGAUUAGGAGGAAAACAAAAAUUUUUGAGAUGGGGCUAAAGCUCGACAUGAGUAAGGCUUACGAUCGGAUCGAGUGGGAUUUUGUGCAGGCGGUGCUGUUAAAGAUGGGCUUUGCUAGACAAUGGGUAGGAUGGGUCAUGAGGUGCUUAUCUUCUGUUGAAUUUGUUGUUAUUGUCAAUGGGAAAGUGGGAAGCUAUUUCAACCCGACUAGAGGGCUCAGACAAGGGGAUCCGUUAUCUCCAUACUUGUUUCUUAUCGUCAGUGAUGUGCUCUCUUCCAUGAUCAAUCAAGCCGUUACCCAUGGUUUCAUCCAAGGAAUGAAAUUUGGUAGAGGUGGCCCGGUUCUCUCACGCCUCUUUUUUGCUGACGACUCACUUAUGUUUCUCAAAGCCACUGAGAAUAAUUGCCGAGUGAUUGUGAGAAUCUUGGACUCUUACUGCACGGCCUCGGGUCAGCUUGUUAAUUUUGAGAAAUCAAAUAUGUUCUUCAGCCCAAAUACGCCUUUAGAGGUGAAGGAUAGGUUAAGGGGUAUUCUAAAUGUCACCAUCUCUGAGGAUCCGGGAAAGUAUCUUGGGCUUCCAACUAUAUGGGGUCGUUCGAAAAAGAUGGCGUUGGCUUUCGUAAAGGAUAAAAUUCUGGGAAAAAUACAGGGUUGGAAGCAUGGCUUACUCUCUCAAGCUGGCAGGGAGGUCUUAAUUAAGUAUGUUGCCCAGGCCGUCCCGUCUUACCCUAUGUCUGUUUUCCUCUUCCCGAACGGUUUCUGUCAGGAGAUUGACAGUAUUUUGGCAAAUUUCUGGUGGGGUCAAUCUCAGCAAUCAAAUAAAAUUCAUUGGAUCAGCUGGAAGGACCUUGGCAUGCCUAAGAAUGAAGGGGGAAUGGGCUUCCGCAACCUGAAGGAUUUUAAUGUUACCUUGUUGGCAAAACAAGGGUGGAGGAUGGUGAUGGAGCCUCAGGCUUUUUGGGCACAGUUGCUAAAAAGUAAAUAUUUCCCGAAUGGUGAUUUUCUCCGGGCCGGGAAGGGGGCUAAGUCGUCCUGGGCUUGGUCUAGCUUGCUGGUAGGAAGGAAUAUAAUCAUGAGAGGUGCUAGGUGGCAGGUUCUUGAUGGUAGCCGUGUUCAUCUUUGGACUGAUAAGUGGAUCCCUGGGUGUACUGAGCUUGCUCUGCAACCUAGCCAUCUAAGCCAGGUGGAUUUGGAGGCCAAGGUUGAGACUAUUAUUGACUGCCAAUCUCGUGAAUGGAACUUGGAGGCCAUUGGUGGUAUGUUUUCACCAAAUGCUGCCAAAAUUAUCAUAGCCAUGCCUUUGGGUGAUGGUUGGGAGAAGGACAGGCUUAUCUGGCCUCUAAACCAGACGGGUAGUUACACUGUCAAAUCUGGCUAUAACAUGAUUCACAUGGCUCACCUUGAUACUUCGGUCAGGCCAUCCAGCUCAAGAAUUUUAGACAAGGCUCUUUGGAAGCUGAUUUGGGGCUCUCAGAUGGUCCCGAAGUUAAAGAAUUUUUGGUGGAGAUUGGUCAAGGGUUGCUUGCCAACAAGGGAUGCUUUGUUCAGGAGACACCUCGGCACCUCCCCAUUAUGCCCUAUCUGUGGGGAGUUUCCGGAGUCUGUUGAGCAUCUUUUUCUCCUCUGUAAUUAG